AUGCUGUCUCUGUACGCUCGCGUCGCGCUGUCUGGGCCGGGCAUCGUGGCUUCGCGUGACGCGCGAGCCUACUGGUCCGCCCUCGAGUCGUGCGACCUGCAGCAGGCCGCGGAAGCCUUCUGCCUGCGCUCCGAGGCGCGCCGCCCUCCGCGGUCCCGUUUCAGCCCGAUGAGCGGCGCGCUCGUCGCGUGCAUGGACCACGACUGCCUCUGGUUCGCGCGCUGCAUCGGCGAGGCCAACCACCGCUCCUUCGUCGCCUUCCUGCUCUGUGCCGAGGCGGUCCUCUGCCUGCCUCUCGCCGGGCUGAUCGACACGCUGCCGACGCUCGGCGCCGACCUUGUCCGGCACUGGCCGAGUGCCUUGCCGCCCCUCGGCGAGGGCGGCGCGGUCGCCCUCGUCCGCCUCGCGGUCCUCUUCGCGACAGUCAAGCUGAUCCUCGUCGUGUGGGUGACGGUGCUGCUACGAGACCAGCUGCGCGGCAUCUGGCACAAUGUCACUACCGUCGAGGCCAUCGAUUGGCUCCGGAGGUCGGACGUGCCGCGGCCGACGCCGGCGCGAGGGCCGUCGGCGGAGUGGUCCGAGUUCGCGCCGCACGACGCCGGAUCGCUGAGAAACGUGGUCGCCUUCCUCAGGGGGCGCCGCUCGAUAGAGGCGCGGCGGCGGAGGCCGUCACAGCACGUGGCGCAGGCGGUCGGGAUGCGUACCAACGGGAUUGCGACCUCUACAGCGGUGUGAUUUGCGCGAUUUCUUUUUGUCUGUUGUUAGUGCCAGUUACGAAUU